GAUAAGAUAAAUUAAGAGAUAAGAAAUUGGUGGGGGUUCAGUCAGCACGGUGAGAAGAAGACCAAGAACCCAGUCGAGAAAAUAACACUAUUAAGACCACAUUCUUCGCCACACAACACAAACAUCGAAAGAUGGCGAGUGUCUAUGACGUCACGAACAUCCCAGCUGUCAUGGAGGGGGCGACGGCAGUCAAAAUAUCAUUAAAGGAAUUGGAUUCUUCUGCUGUGCUUGGGUUUAGUAUGGAGGCUUGCAGGAGAAUACAAGAAUCCUAUAACAACAACGAAGAGAUUAAUGAUGAAACGGAGAACUUUGGAAAAGCUGAUGUAUCACACUACAACAAAACGUGUGAAUUAGUUUUCAAGGAAGGUGUCAUGACGCUCCACCUGGGCCCCCAGAAGUCGAAGUCGCGCCUCGUCGCCUGGUCAUCCUCGGCCGCGCCUCGAGCUCCUCCUUCAGCCUGGGCGAGGUCGAGGACCAGGUUGCCCUCGUCCUUCGCUUCGGCUCCGAGGGAGAAGCCGCUCUCGUCCUCGAGAGGAUCGGCCUCGGCAACACCGCCACGACAAGCCGCAGCGACCUCCGGGCCGGCGGGGUCGAGCGCAUCCCGACGCCGCCCGCGAAGCCGCCCCGGAUGCACCAGCGCCUCAGGGCCCAGCAGAGCCUCCCUGCGCCGCGGCUCAAGGCGCUGAGCCGGCAGCAGUCCCUGCAGGAGGGGGCGAGCCACGAAGGAAACGAGCCCAAGGACGCACCGGCGACACAGACGUUCUUCCUGUCGCCAAGCUCGGCCGCGGACGCCAACUACCCGGUGCGGGGCACGCUCUCCGGACACCUCCACGCGCAGAACUGCCGGUCGGGCAUCUACGAUCCGGUGCCCGAGCCCAAGAGAGUCGCCGAGAGCGAGAGUAGCGCCACGCCUGAGCCCAAGCGCAGCGCCACGCCUGAGCCCAAACGCAGCGCCACGCCUGAGCCCAAACGCAGCGGGAGCUCGGUCAGCCCCGUGCCCCACCUGCUGGUGUCGACGACGUCCCCGCAGCAGGAGGUGGCGACGUCCGAGCCGGUGUUGUCGCCCGUGAUCAGGGGCGAGGCGCAGGUCCCCCCCUUCCCCCUCGUGUCGUCGCCCAGGUCGCCCUCGUCCCCUGCAGGGCGACUGGACUCGAGGGCGUCCCCCGGCGAGGGCGCUCCCGAGCCCAAAUUCGAUUUCAAGAACGUGUGAGUGGAGGCCCUCCGAGCUCUUGUCGUACUGCCUUAAGGCCUUUCUGGGAGGGACUCACUUGAUGUUGAAUGGCUUGGUCGUCCCUGCAGAGGGGGCUGAAUCGGGGCUCUAAAUCGCGUUGGGAUUCACUUCGUCGUGAGCACCGAAGAGAAUCAAUUGAUCCUGACUGAUAGUCUCAGCAAAUGUUUGAUCAGAGAAGUUCUCAUGCCCGUACUCUCGCUUCAGAGAUGCUAUUCUACGUACACUCUAUCUGGAGGAAUCUACACAUCUAUGUUUCUUAGACGAGAUUGCAACCAAGACGCAGACACUAACAGGGCCGUCCCCCGGGUAUUCAGCGCCCAGACGAAACCACUCGUGCAGUAUGGGAAUACGACCCUCCACGAUGGCUCUCCUCCUCGAGUAUUUUCCUCAUGGAUGUCUUUGAUCAAGUUACUUCCUUCCCAGCUUCACAGUCUCACUAGAGUGUAUCCAUAAAUUAUUAACAAGCUCGAGAAGCAAGACUUGUGGAUAAUAACAUGGAUUUCUGCUUCGUCUAAUGUGCCGCUUUCUCUUCAAUGUCUUGGAUGUGAAGACGUACAUGUUAUAGUGAACCUGUAGAAUUAUAUUACGCUGAUAGCUAUACUUCAACAAAAGGGAACUGGCAAGAUGCUGGGGGAAAAGUUACCGUGUUUAUCUCACAUAUAUUGAAAGCUCUUUGUCUUUUAGGAAAUGCUCCGAACUUUUCAAGAUUUGUUGAAGAUUACAGUCUGUAGGAUUUUUUUAUGAGAAUUCUAGAUUCGAACAAGUGCUCUUUAUAGUUUCAUAAAAGUCUGUCGUAUCAUAUAAUCAGUUUUAAUAUUCAGUACCGUACCGUGUUCUGUUAUUAACGUAGCAGCAUUACCUUCCUUUACAUUUUGAUUACUAUUUGUAGAGCUGAAUUGCUUUUAUGCAAAGUACUGUUGCCUCAUGUAACUAUAUGCAUUACUUAUGUCUUCAGAUGUGUUUUCAUUAUUACAGUGCCCUCACAGUGUGGCAGUAUUAUCUGACGAUGUAUUUAUAACUAUCAGAGUGGUAUUGUAACUUGUAUAAUGCUUAAGGUAUUUAAUGCCACAUUUGCAUUUCUGGUUGUAAAGAGUCCUCAUAGGACAAACGCCACUUAUGUGAAACCGAGAUGAAUAUGAGAAGCUUUGAUC